AAAGCGUCAUUAUACAUAAACCCUACCUCUGUCAAUCGGCGAAUUCGGUCGACCGUGGAAUCGACCGGAGUUUGGCUCGGACUGUGAGUCAUGAAAAGGCCGAUGCCGUGGAGUGAUGGGGAGGAAGAUUCAUCGGAUGAAUCAUCAACCCUUCAUACUGACACAGAACAUAGUGACGACCACGACAACGAACCCGGUGAGAAGAACACGAAGAAUACCAAAGAUAAAAAAUCUCAAGUUGAGUCUGGAAAGCGUAAGAGCAAGGGUAUAGACUUUGAUGCGUUGAGCCGACACGGAUAUAAAGGUGGAUUAUCAGUCUUGAAUGUGCCUCCACCAAAAGAGCCAGUCGACCAUAACCGAGACUGGUCUUGGUCUACAGGCAGGGAGAAUCAUGCAAAGGAUACCCGAGAAGAAACUUACGAAGAACGACAGAGAACCAGAGUUGCAAUAGUCGAAGGAGAGCAGCUGUGGGGUGCGCAGACUCAGAAAGACAAGAAGAACAUCUCCUUCUCACAAAAGGAGAAGAGAAAGAGGGACCUUGGGCAGGCUAGUAGGGGAAAGAACUAUGUUGAAGAAGAGAAGAGGCAGUUGAGGGAGAGUGGUAUUUACUCGGGAUUUGAUUCUUGAUCUGCCACUACCAUGGUUAUCAACCUUUAGUUCCUUACCAUAUAAUGAAUGUAAUACCUGAAUUCCAUAAGGCAUUUUCGGCGUUUAAUUUUAACAUAAAAUGUAUUAGUUACCUCUACUGUCUUCAACAUGAGUAAAUUAUUAAUCAAUCCACAUAG